GUGUCUCGUGGAGGAGGAGUUUCGUGUCUGUGGCUGUCAGAAGAGCUCCGAGUGGGACGAGAACAACUUCAGGUCCUGCGAGCCCUCCAUGUUCGUCAUGUGUCCAUUCGAUUCUGUUCAAGCAGAAAAAAAGUGUGGUGCCCGCUGUAAGCCUCAGUGCGGAUUCACCAAAUACAAAAUGGACAAAACUUGGAGCGAAUUUCCAAACAGACGAGACUUCCGACAGAUCAGAGGAGUGAUCGGCAGCAAUGUCUCAGUGGACUACGACUACGCCCGCAAAAACCUAGGCAUGCUCACAGUUCACAUGGCGUCAUUUACGACUGUGGACACGAUCGUCAGCGCCAAAUACGAGUUGUUCUCGGCUAGCAGUGCAGUCGGGGGUCUUCUCGGUUUGCUGAUUGGGGGGAGCAUGGUGACAUUCGUCGAAAUCGCCGAUUUCAUUUUGGUCAUCACCGGCAAUUUUUUCAUAACAGCCUGGACGAUGCUGAAGCCUAGCUCAAAAGUGACCUCUCAAUAAACUAAAUAUGAUUUCACAAAUGAAAAUGUUGUCUUCUUUUGUAGGCUAAAAACAAAAGAUAUUCUGAAUAA